GUGAACGACUCUUAAAUCGGUAUUCCCCCCCAUUAUUUUGAAUGGCAUAAUAAAAUAGAAUAAGAAUAAAUGUUUCCCUAAUCUGUAUAUAGGGAAACUCCAGGUCCGAACAGCAUUAUUAUCUACAGAUCCCCCUUAUGUACAUAUUCCUAUGGGGAAUCGUGCUUUAAUUUUUCAUUGUAUUAAAUAUCUUGAAUAAAAAAAAAAAGAGGGAAUUUGCUCUGAUAUAGAUUAUAGCCAGGCCUUCUUGGCCCACCUAAGUGCAAUUACGAUAAAAGAAAGGAUAUGUAGAUAGGUGGAUAACUAGAUUGGCAAGUACUUAAAAAAUAAAGUACUUUAUCUUUAUUUUAGGAUUCUACAACGAAAUCCUUUAUUUUCUAGCAAUUCUACUACUACGAAACAAAAAAGACCCUUCAAAUUCUUUUUGAAAAAGAAACUAAGCGUGCUAUUCUAAAUCGAACUAAAGUCAAACUUUCUAGUGCUUAUAAAUUCUUAUGGCUUUAUCCCUUUCAUAGAAAGGAGAUAAAACGAGAAAUCUUUGCUAUCCAAUCUUUUUAGAAUAUCAUAAAGUUUCAGUGGCAGAAUUUUUUUCUAGGACUGUUUUAUCAAUUCAUUUUUAUUCCAUUUCAACCCCUGCUAAAUUCGAACUUUCGUCGAAAUCGUCUCUAUUCAUAUGUAUGAAAUACAUAUAUGAAAUACGUAUGUGGAGUUCCCUAGAAUUUCAUGUGAUUCAGUAAACAGAAUAUGGAUUCCAUGAUUGCUAGAUUGAUCCGUAGGGAUUGAUGAAGAGUGAGCUGAUAAUGGAAUUUUUCUUCUAUAAAUAGGAAACUUAAGAUUCAAAUGCUCCGGAAUGGAAAUGAGGGAAUGUCCACAAUACCCGGAUUUAGUCAGAUCCAAUUCGAGGGAUUUUGUAGAUUCAUUAAUCAAGGCUUGGCGGAAGAACUUGAGAAGUUUCCCACAAUUAAAGAUCCAGAUCACGAAAUUGCAUUUCAAUUAUUUGCGAAAGGAUAUCAAUUGCUAGAACCCUCGAUAAAAGAAAGGAAUGCUGUGUAUGAAUCACUCACCUAUUCUUCCGAAUUAUAUGUAUCCGCGAGAUUAAUUUUUGGUUUCGAUGUGCAAAAGGAAACCAUUUCUAUUGGAAACAUUCCUAUAAUGAAUUCCUUAGGAACCUUUAUAAUAAAUGGAAUAUACCGAAUUGUGAUCAAUCAAAUAUUGCUAAGUCCUGGUAUUUACUACCGCUCGGAAUUAGACCAUAAGGGAAUUUCUAUAUAUACCGGGACUAUAAUAUCAGAUUGGGGAGGAAGGUCGGAAUUAGCAAUUGAUAAAAAAGAAAGGAUAUGGGCUCGCGUGAGUAGAAAACAAAAGAUAUCUAUUUUAGUUCUAUCAUCAGCUAUGGGUUCGAAUCUAAGAGAAAUUUUAGAUAAUGUUUCCUACCCCGAAAUUUUCUUGUCUUUCCCGAAUGCUAAGGAGAAGAAGAGGAUUGAGUCAAAAGAAAAAGCUAUUUUGGAGUUUUAUCAACAAUUUGCUUGUGUAGGUGGGGACCUGGUAUUUUCGGAGUCCUUAUGCGAGGAAUUACAAAAGAAAUUUUUUCAACAAAAAUGUGAAUUAGGAAGAGUUGGUCGACGAAAUAUGAAUCGGAGACUGAAUCUUGAUAUCCCUCAGAACAAUACAUUCUUGUUACCACGAGAUGUAUUGGCCGCUACGGAUCAUUUGAUUGGAAUGAAAUUUGGAACGGGUAUACUUGACGAUGACGAUAUGAAUCACUUGAAAAAUAAACGUAUUCGUUCGGUUGCAGAUCUGUUACAAGAUCAAUUCGGACUGGCUCUUGGCCGUUUACAACAUGCGGUUCAAAAAACUAUCCGUAGAGUAUUCAUACGUCAAUCGAAACCGACUCCACAAACUUUGCACCCUUUGAUGAGAGAUAUGAGCAAGAGGCUUCAAGAAAACUUGUGUUUUCGGAAUUAUAUGAAGCCAGUAAACAAACAAAAAAUCCAUGGGUAUUUGAACCCGAGUACCCGGGAAAAAGCAGAAUAUUUGAUGGAAGAACAGGAGAUCCCUUCGAACAGCCUGUUCUAA